CGACAGUCUUGUGACGCCUGUGCACUGGUUUAAGACUAAGGUGUCAGUGACUAUCUCCAUUUUCCACUUCCACUUCGACAUCCGAUUUCUUUCUCAUUAAAGCUGCUCAUAUUCAACAUAAUUCAUGAUACCACUUUAUUUUCGAUUUCGAUCUUUAUACCAUUUUAUUUUCGAUUUCGAUCUUUAUCCCACUUUAUUUUCGAUUUCGAUCUUUAGACCACUUCAUUUUCGAUUUCGAUCUGCAUCUGGAUUGAUUAUCGAUCUUUUGCAUCGGGAUUGAUUAGAACCUAGAUCUGGUUAAGAACCUAGCCUGGUUGGGGAGGAAAAGAUGAACUUGGACAAAGAAACAUGUGAGCGGUACGAGCAAUGUGCUCUCAACGUCGCGAUAAAAGGGGGACUUGGUUUCGCUGCGGCACUGAUACCAGCGGUUGUACUCACGAGAGGUAGAAUGAGUCGCAGUUUCUGUCUCGGCGUCGGACUAGGCAUCGGCAUGGGAAUGGCAUUGCAGGAGAAUGCGGUAUAUUUAAAUUUGAGUUGUGAAUUUAAUUAUAAAGAUCAGGUGCAACCUUAGAGACUUGACUGAAGUCCUCUCUACAUUCUAACUCCUUCGAAGUACUGGCCUUGAAAAGUCCUAGGUUCAUCCUAUUAUGAAGAUCAUGCGCAAGUAGACGUUUAUGUUGGCGUGUCUUGCUGUAAAAACUUCGAUUCAUGUGCAAGUAGACUUUUAUUUUGGCGUGUCUUGCUGUAAAAACUUCAAUUUGCAGAAAGAUACUAGUUGCUUGUCCCAUGUAACAUCUUAAUCUUCUACCAGAUGCACUUCAAGCAUCCGCAUCUGGUGCCGUUGCCCAAAGAUUUCAAGGCAGAAGCGACGUGGUAUAGGGAUUACGUGUUAGAGCGGUUACCAGCGAAAGACUACGUAAAAGCAUUGGCAAGUUGAGACUUGCCGCAUUUCACGCCCCCGUGAAUGAUGAUUGUUUUGAACUCGUAUCUGAAUGACACGACGCAGAAAUAACAUUUAAGAUUUUCCAAGGAAGUUGCUGACUUUGCCAUGUGGAGGUUCAUUUUUUAGCGCAGAAACGAACAGAGAUUGUGAUUUGAAAUAUGAGGAGCAAACGU